AUGAAAAUAUUUGGCCGAUCCAUCAAACCUCAGGUGACAGCAUUCGAACGAUCCAUCAGACCUCAAGUUACAAGAUUCGGACGAUCCAUAACACCUCAGGUUACAAGAUUUGGACUCUCCAUCAGAUCACAGGUCACAAGAUUUGGACGAUACAUCAGACCUCAAGUCACAAGAUUCGGACGAUCCAUCAUAUCUCAGGUCACAAGAUUUGGACGAUCCAUCAGAUUACAGGUCACAAGAUUUGGACGAUCCACCAGAUCACAGGUCACAAGAUUUGGACGAUCCAUUAAACCUCGAGCUACAAGAUUUGGACAGUCCAUCAGAACACAGGUCACAAGAUUCGGACGAUCAAUCAGAUCUCAGGUUACAAGAUUUGUACGGUCCAUUAAACCUCUGGCCAAAAAAUUUGGACGGUCCAUCAGAACACAGGUCACAAGAUUUCGACGAUCUAUCAGAUCUCAGGUCACAAGAUUUGGGCGAUCCAUCAGACUUCAGGUCACAAGAUUUGGACGGUCCAUUAGAUCACAGGUCACAAGAUUUGCGCGGUAUGUCAGACCUCAAGUCACAAGAUUUGGACGGUCCGUCAAAUCUCAAGUCAAAGGAUUUGAACGAUCGACCAGAUCACAGGCCACAAGAUUUGGACGGUCCAUCAGAUCACAGGUCACAAGAUUUGGACGGUCCAUCAGAUCACAGGUUACAAGAUUUGGACGGUCCAUCAGAUCACAGGUCACAAGAUUUGGACGGUCCACCAGACCUCAAGUUACAAGAUUCGGACGAUCCAUCAUAUCUCAGGUCACAAGAUUUGGACGAUCCAUCAGAUUACAGGUCACAAGAUUUGGACGGUCCACUAGACCUCAAGUUACAAGAUUCGGACGAUCCAUCAUAUCUCAGGUCACAAGAUUUGGACGAUCCAUCAGAUUACAGGUCAAAAGAUUUGAACGGUCCACCAGAUCACAGGUCACAAGAUUUGGGCGGUACGUCAGACCUCAAGUCACAAGAUUUGGACGGUCCAUCAUAUCACAGGUCACAAGAUUUGGAAGGUCCAUCAGACCUCAGGUCACAAGAUUUGGAAGGUCCAUCAGACCUCAGGUCACAAGAUUUGGAAGGUCCAUCAGACCUCAGGUCACAAGAUUUGGAAGGUCCAUCAGACCUCAGGUCACAAGAUUUGGAAGGUCCAUCAGACCUCAGGUCACAAGAUUUGGAAGGUCCAUCAGACCUCAGGUCACAAGAUUUGGAAGGUCCAUCAGACCUCAGGUCACAAGAUUUGGAAGGUCCAUCAGACCUCAGGUCACAAGAUUUGGAAGGUCCAUCAGACCUCAGGUCACAAGAUUUGGAAGGUCCAUCAGACCUCAGGUCACAAGAUUUGGAAGGUCCAUCAGACCUCAGGUCACAAGAUUUGGAAGGUCCAUCAGACCUCAGGUCACAAGAUUUGGAAGGUCCAUCAGACCUCAGGUCACAAGAUUUGGAAGGUCCAUCAGACCUCAGGUCACAAGAUUUGGAAGGUCCAUCAGACCUCAGGUCANUCCAUCA